AUGCACCUAUCAUCUUCGCUUGUUAUUGCAACCUUCUUCCUUUCUACUGCACUUGCCACAGAUCAAUGUCGAUGCACUACUGACGACUCUUGUUGGCCAUCGAUCAAAACCUGGUCCGCUCUCAAUUCCACCAUCAACGGCCACUUAAUUCGCUAUACACCUCCAGGAGCUGUUUGCUACAAAUCUCAUCCCAGCUACAACGCCGAGGCUUGUGAUUCAGUCAUCAAGCAGUGGCCAGAGUCAAAGUUCCACUCCAGCGAUCCGGCGAGCCUUCACAGCGAGUGGUCGAAUACUGGCUGUAUUCCGGUCUUUGAGAACGGAACCAGUAUCUAUGGCGACCCUGAAGUAGGCGAGCGAGGUUGCUCAAACGACGUACUUCCCGCCUAUGUGGUGAACGCUACUACCACGGAUCAUGUUGCAGCAACGCUGAAGUUCGCCGCAGAGAAGAACAUCAGAUUGGUCAUCAAGAACACGGGACAUGCUGACGACGGAAGGAACCUAGGGUCAAGCAGUUUGUCAAUUUGGACUCACAACUUGAAGGGUAUUGAACUCAUUGAGGAUUUUAACUCUACCUGUCCCAACUCGAAAGGCGCCCCAAGUCCGCGCAUGGCUGCCACUGUUGGCGCCGGCGUUCAAGAUGGGGAAAUGGUCGAAGCCUUGGCUGCCAUGAAUGCUCUGGCAGUUAGCGGUACCAGCAACGACGUUGGAGUUGCCGGUUGGUCUACCGGAGGUGGCCACGGAUUCGCUACGGGCCACUACGGACAAGGCGCAGACAACAUCCUCGAGGCAGAGAUUGUUAUUCCAUCCGGAAAAAUCGUAAUUGCCAAUGAAUGUCAAAAUGAGGACCUCUACUGGGCCAUUCGUGGUGGUGGCGGUGGCACUUUUGGUGUCAUCACAAGACUCACCCUUAAGGCAUAUCCUGCACCUCAAAUGGUCAUGGCAGGAUUCGAGAUCAGUAUCAAGAAUCACAGCUCAGAAGACGAGUGGUACCAGUUGAUUGCAGAAGCCCAUGCUCUGUUCCCCGGCAUGCAGGAUGCAGGCAUCUACGGUUACUACACGGUUGAAGGACCCCCAUCGGCCGAAGCUCUCACCUUCAGCGGCUCAUUGAUGAUGUUUGAAGCGUCCAACAAAACGUACGAGGAUGCCAUUCGACCAUUUGCAAAACUGUUGGAAUCUUCCAACGACACAGUCGCCUCGUCCUUAUACAGGCUACCUGUGAACAACUGGCAAGAAUUGCUCAAGAUUGUGCCUAAUAUUGGAUCUGUCAGCGCAGGCCAUAGUAUAAGAACAUCCCGCCUGAUCUCACGACGUACCGUCAUUGAAAAGUCCGACGAGUUCGCCGCCAUAUACAAGAAGAUUGGACCUACCAAGAAGGCACCAUCGAACGGCCUGCCAAAUCUAUCAAUUUCCGGUACUCUCACAAUCAGCCCAAAACCUGUCAACAACUCUCUUCAUCCUUCAUGGCGCAAUACAACUGUCCAUCUCAUCACCGGUCAGGCUUGGACGGACUCAGCGAACGAAACCGAGAUCCGAAGCAUGAUUCACGACAUGACAUACCGCAAGCUUGGAUUGCUCAGGGACCUCGACGCUGUUCAGGGUGCCUAUCUCAACGAGGCAAGCCCGAUCGAACCGGACUGGCAGUCUUCGUUUUGGGGACCUAACUACGCCCGCCUUCGCGAAAUCAAGGAAAAGAUUGAUCCCGAUGGUCUUCUGUGGUGUCCUCGGUGUGUUGGAAGUGAAGAUUGGGUGCAGCGACAAGACGUGUUUCGAAACUUGGAUCUUCAACAGGGGCAGAAGAUUCUCGUUCGAGGUGCUUCUUUUUCUUUUGGCAAAGCAGCCAUUAACCUUGCUGUCGACACGGGCGCUAUUGUUACUGCAACAACCCGUAGUGAAGCUAAGUUUACUGCGUUGACGGAACUUGGAGUCUUCGAGGCUGUGCUUGAAACACCCAAUCUGAGCGAAUGUCUACACGAAAGGCACAACUUUGAGAAGUUCGAUGCAGUAUUGGACUUGAUAGUUAACAGUUCGGUUGUCGACUCUUUGCAACUCGUCCGUCGCAAUGCACGUGUUUACCUGGCUGGUUGGCUAGGAGGUCUGGAUCCAAUCAAGGGACCAGCAGGACCGGACAAGUCGCGUGGCUUCAAUCCUCUCUUGCAGAUGGCAAGUGGGGUUCAUUUGAGCUUCUCCGGAAGUUUUGUGUUUGGGACGGAAUAG